AACUUGUGCGUUUAGUAUAAGUAGGCUCCAUUUGCCGUAGGGAUCCAGUGUGGUUUGGUGUACCUGGUUUUCAAUUUGGCUAAUAAUGCACCAGAGCGGGAGUAGAAGGAUUUGUGUUAAAGAUUUUAGGAUGUGACUCUGGUAGACUGCAGCUUUACCGAACAGACAGCUGGGACCAGGGGUCAAAAGGUCAUCAUGACGAUGUUCCACUUACAGUACCCUGCCAGCAAGGACUACUUCACAUGGGAGGAACUCGGGUGCUUGUGUCGAGCUCUUGGGCUGGUGGACUUCCAACGCCUGCUGUCUCACCACGACGAGCGACUGGCCAACCGCCUGAACAGCCAGUACCUGAGGGAGGAGUGGGACUUUGGGAAGGAGUCGCUGGGAUCCAAGGAGAUGUUCAAAGAGCCGCCCGUCUACACAGAGGGUAGGAUUGCUCAGGAUGCCCGAUGCCAGCUGCAGAUCGAAAAUGAAAUGGAGUUCUACAUACCAGGUUAUCUUGAGAAACUUGCUUCACGUCAACCCGAACAUGUGCCUGUGGCGGAGCCUGAGAGGAAGGAGAAGCGCUGGAGCAGCAGUGCCGUCAACAAACUGGCGUAUCCUCGCUCCAAUCUCACGCCGUCACACGCCAAACUUUGCGACGCGAGAUUCCGAGGUUGGAAACGAGUCAAAACCAGACCGGGGUACCACUUUGUGGUGACGUCACAAACUCACGAAAAUUCUUGCAAAGGCCGCCAGCGCGCCAAAAUGGAGCAAACUACUCUCGCUCCCGUGAGAUAUUUACACCCUGACUACGUGGUCAGGUAUACGGCCAAAUGUGAGGCCGAAAUGCCCCUGAGCCAGCUUGCCAGGAAGAGAAUCCUUGCCGCACGUCAUGGUCAGAAUAUGGCGGCGGCGAAAUCAUCCUUGCACGACAACCGAGUCACUUUCGACUCCGAGACCGAAGAAGUAGAGGUGGGCGAAGAGGGUACAGCUGAGUGUCCGGAGCUGAAGGAGAAAUUUUACCGCGUGCUGAACAAGUACGACGCCAAGCAAGACCAGCAGUUGGGCGAGGAAGAAGUCCCCGGGGUUGCUAAGAGUGGCCAAUCACGGGCGACUUCUUCAAAAGGUGCUGCUGCUAAAUCAGGGUGGCCAAAAGGAUCCGAAGACAUGCAUGCAGAUCAAGCCACAGGCGAUGGGAUUAAGUCGGAAGCGCGACCUAUUGACGUCCACAUACCUGGUCAAGCGAAUGUCUACGCUAACAUUGAGUGGCCAGAGGACUUGCCCGUACCCACGAUGCAACAUUCAGGGCCAAAACUUGUGGGCGUUGGUCAGAUCGGCACCAUCUCUUUGCUGGAAAGUAUUGAGGAAUCAAGAGAUCUGGAAGAAAAGUUUGUUGAAAGUCCAACAAAAGGGGAAGCAACCAGUGACAUCGGAGUCUUCAGCGAUUAUGGUGAUGAUGACGGUGAUUAUGGCGGUGAUCAAGUAAAGGAAGAAGAUGACGAGGCAGAGCUUCCUCCACCACGACUAUCCAAAUCCCAACCAUCAUCUCAACAGAAACGGCCAGGAGGGUCGGCUAGCAGUCGCAAAAGCCGCAGUGCUCCUCAUGGCUCGAGAGGGAGCAGUCCUCGGAGGAAACUAUCUCUGAAGAAAACUAAAGUGGGCCUGCAGAAAAACAGGAUCGUUGGACCGAGAGAUACAAAGAUCCCAUCUGAUGUGAGGGGCCUGGGUUUUAGACAUGGAAAGCAACUCGACUCUGGCAACGGAGGAGAAAGCGAGAAGAGAACCAGUAUAGACGAGGGUGUUCCCGGUCUGGCGUCAACAACCGCGUCCGCAUGCGAUUCCUCCUCAGCAUCUCCGGAAUACUCCGCCAAAUUCUCAGCGUUCAGGGGUUCUGUCACUUCUGAAGAAAGCGAGGACAGCCCUCGCGCUGAGAAUGGAGCCGCAGCCCAGGAAAAGCAACAGACAAGUAACAAAGGAAGCUCUUUUUCAGAGGAUAUGAAUUUGUCCUCACCCAAUGAAAUACUCGAACUUCCAGAAUCUCCUCAAACGUGGAAGUCGAGAGCUGACUUAUCAAACAGUCCUGACAGUGGAAAAGUCAGCCCUAUACCGCGCCCCGCUCCCGUCAUUCGCUUUGAGUGGCAGGAAAGUUUGAGCAAAGAUUCGUCUCUAUCAAACUCUGACGUAAACAGCGAAGGCAAGUUGGCGAGCACUCGGUCAGAACAAAAGGACAGUAUUCGCAUCUGCUUUGACUAUCGAGACUACCUCAGUGACUCCGCCAUUCCCAAGAAAACUUUCUCCAAAGAAACUCGGUCCAGGCUGGUGAGUCGUGUGGAGAACGUGAUUUCUCCAGACCUAAAGAUGAGGCUUAUGGCUGGAGACGCCUCUGUACCAGUACCUGCGAGUUGAUGACCCCAUCAUGCUCUAGUUUUUAAAACAAAUGUUAAUUAUUUGUGCAGUCAUGAAUUUUACUAUGACUGUCUUCGUGUACAUAGAUAUUAUAUCGUAAUCUAAUCUCCAGUUCUUUCCCCCUCACAUCAUUCGGAUGAGAUGUGCUCAAUGCGAAUGAAAUUC